CUAACACGUGGAUCAAAUGGCAUAUUUUUCUGAUAUUUAAUAAGGAGCCUUAUCACCAUUAUGAUGAACCGGGAGAAGUGGGUUAACCUCAGUCCUUCAGAAUUUUCUCAGCUUCAGAAAUAUGCAGAAUACUCCACCAAGAAAAUUAAGGAUGUUCUGGAAGAAUUCCAUGGUAAUGGUGUGCUAGCAAAAUAUAAUCCUGAAGGGAAACAAGACAUUCUUAAUCAAACAAUUGAUUUAGAAGGUUUCAGGCUAUUCAUGAAGACCUUUCUGGAAGCUGAGCUGCCCGACGAUUUCAGUGAACAUCUCUUUACAUCAUUCAGCAACAAAAUCUCCCAUUGUAGCCCCUUAGUAAAAAGCAAGCCCCAACUCCUACCAGGAGGUUUGAGAAUUAAUAGAGGUACCACUACAUCACGACCUGCUGCUCCUGCCAAUUUACAUGUACCAGAUGUAAUCCAGUUGAAAGACAUUGUUUGCUAUUUGUCUCUGCUUGAAAGAGGAAGACCUGAAGACAAACUAGAAUUUAUGUUUCGCUUGUAUGACACAGAUGGAAAUGGGUACUUGGACAGUUCGGAGCUAGAAAAUAUCAUCACUCAAAUGAUGCAUGUUGCAGAAUAUCUUGAAUGGGAUGUCACUGAACUCAGUCCAAUCCUUCAUGAAAUGAUGGAAGAAAUUGAUUAUGACCAUGAUGGCACAGUAUCUCUGGAGGAAUGGAUCCAAGGUGGAAUGACGACAAUCCCACUCCUGGUGCUCCUUGGAUUGGAGAAUAAUGUGAAGGAUGAUGGGCAGCAUGUAUGGAGACUGAAACACUUUAACAAGCCUGCCUACUGUAAUCUUUGCUUGAACAUGUUAAUAGGAGUAGGCAAGCAGGGUCUCUGCUGUUCCUUUUGCAAAUACACAGUCCAUGAACGCUGCGUCUCAAGAGCACCUGCCUCUUGUAUCAAAACAUAUGUGAAGUCCAAAAAGAACACUGAUGUAAUGCACCACUACUGGGUAGAAGGAAACUGUCCGACAAAAUGUGAUAAGUGUCACAAAAAUAUAAAAUGUUACCAAGGCCUGACUGGACUUCAUUGUGUUUGGUGUCAGAUCACACUCCAUAAUAAAUGUGCUUCACAUCUAAAGCCUGAAUGCGACUGUGGCCCUUUGAAGGACCAUAUUUUACCACCCACAGCAAUCUGCCCAAUAGUAUUGACUCUACCCACUUUAGGAGUUUCACUCCCUGAGGAAAGACAGGCAACUGUGAAAAAAGAAAAGAGUUGCCCCCAGCAAAUGAACAAAUUGGGAGAACAGACUAAGAUGCAAAGAGCAAAUUCUGUCACUGUAGAUGGACAAGGACUUCAGAUCACUCCGGUUCCAGGAACUCAUCCGCUUUUAGUUUUUGUCAACCCUAAAAGUGGGGGGAAACAAGGAGAAAGAAUUUACAGAAAAUUUCAGUACCUUUUAAAUCCUCGUCAAGUUUACAGUCUUGCUGGAAAUGGACCAAUGCCAGGGUUAAAUUUUUUCCGAGAUGUUCCUGACUUCCGAGUACUGGCGUGUGGUGGAGAUGGAACAGUGGGUUGGAUUUUGGAUUGCAUAGAAAAGGCAAAUUUGCUUAAACAUCCUCCAGUUGCUAUUUUGCCUCUUGGGACUGGCAAUGAUUUAGCAAGGUGUCUGAGAUGGGGAGGAGGAUAUGAAGGUGAGAAUCUGAUGAAGAUCUUGAAAGACAUUGAGAACAGCACAGAGAUCUUGCUGGACAGAUGGAAAUUUGAAGUCAUACCCAAUGAUAAAGAUGAGAAGGGAGAUCCAGUGCCUUAUAGCAUCAUCAAUAAUUACUUUUCUAUUGGUGUGGAUGCUUCAAUUGCCCACAGAUUCCACAUCAUGCGAGAAAAACAUCCAGAGAAGUUCAACAGUAGAAUGAAGAACAAAUUUUGGUAUUUUGAAUUUGGCACUUCUGAAACUUUCUCAGCCACCUGCAAGAAGCUGCACGAAUCUGUAGAAAUAGAAUGUGAUGGAAUUCAGCUAGACUUAAUCAAUAUUUCUCUGGAAGGAAUUGCCAUUCUGAACAUUCCAAGCAUGCACGGUGGAUCAAAUCUUUGGGGAGAGACCAAAAAAAGAUGUAGCCAUCGUCGAACUGAAAAGAAGAGGUUGGAUAAAAGAACCACUGUCACAGAUGCCAAGGAACUGAAGGUUGCAUGUCAAGAUCUGAGUGAUCAGCUGAUGGAAGUGGUUGGUCUGGAAGGAGCCAUGGAGAUGGGUCAGAUAUAUACAGGACUGAAAAGUGCUGGUAGGCGGCUUGCACAGUGCUCAUCUGUUGUCAUCAGAACCAGCAAGUCGCUGCCCAUGCAGAUUGAUGGAGAACCAUGGAUGCAGACCCCUUGUACAAUAAAAAUUACCCACAAGAAUCAAGCCCCAAUAUUGGUGGGACCUCCUCCAAAAACCGGUCUAUUCUCCUCCAUUAUCAGAAGAACAAGGAACCACAGCAAGGAAUAAGCCUCUGUAGUUUAGUUCUUAGAAAACAAAUUAGCAGCGCUGGGCUUUGGAAUAUUUAUGCCGGAAAUCUUUCAAAAGUUUUAGAAUAUCCUCUACUCACAGAAUUCUGGAAUUUGGCAUAAGAGUUUCAGUGACUGAGCUAAUGUAAAAUUAUGCUGUUAGAAAAAUUUAUUGUCACUUUUUUUUUUAGGCAUUUUGCAUGAGGAAAGCAGAUGUUUAUGUACAGUGAUAUGGCAUCUUUUUGUUGCAUGCAUUACCAUUUACUAAUUUAUGGGAUAAUUCUGCCAUGGAACACGAGGAGGGAAUGCUCUGGGUAAUUUGAUUUAUUUGGUAAGAUUUUAUUUGUAGUUAAUUCUAAUGCAAUGAUCAUAAUCCAAAGAUUCUGUAGUUGCCCUCUUGAACCCAAGCACCUUCAGAUCAGCAAUUGAUUUGACGUGUAUCGCAUAAGAGCUUGGAAGUUCACAGGUCCCAUUAACUUGGCCUUUUACAUUUAACAUUUCUUGCCACUCUAGUGAAUAUUUUUCCUCAGCAAUUUAACCGCACUGAGCAGUAUUAAAAUCCUUUUCCUGUGCUAAAUUACCUUUCAUCUUUCAAACACUGAUGCACGUGAGUAACUUUACACACACACAAAGUCCCAUUGGAUCACUGGUACUAUUCACAUGCAGAUAACUACUCACAUGUGUAACUUUUUGCAAGAUGGGAAGUCAAUGCAGGUUUGCCUGAGUGAGGACUACAGAGCUAAAGGUUAAAGGAGAGCGAACAAAGGCAAUGCUACUUGCAAAACUAGUCAGCAGCAUUGUUUGUUGAAACAUUAAAACAUUUUACUCAACAGUAAAUUUUUGUAAUAUGCCAAACUGUUGUUGUGGAAAAUUGACCACACAUUGAGUUUGGAUCAGAUCAGUCUGAGGCUCCUUUAUUGAUACAAGCGCAGGGGGGUAACAGCUCUCAGUAGCUGCCCCCUGAUUCAAGGAACACAAGCUUUUUCAAGCUUAAAACCACAGACAAAUUACACAUACUUCCAUAUUAAUUAUCUUAUUUGGAAUACAUUGCAAACUUAAUACAGGUCAAAAGCAAAAAGAACAAAUCACCCUUAUUAUUCACAGUUGGAUUUGUUUGCCGUUUGACUUUUCUAACAGUGCUAUUGAGGUUAUAUGUUUCCUAAAUUUGAGUUAUUACAAAUUAUGCUACUUGGGGACUUUUUUACUCUGCCCCCAUAUGCCCUUUAUACACACAAAGCCAUUGUUCUGCUUUGGGGACUUUCCAUACAAAAACAGGCUUGGUCAAUUCUUUAGCCCUGUAAGCUUGACCAGAGUCAUAAGGCCCCCCUAAAUUUUCCUUCACACUUUAAAUCAUCUCGCAUAUUGGCCAAUAGUGCAGUAUGUAUGCACACAAAUAACCAAACCACAUGCCUAAUAAACUGCAUUUUCCACCAAAGAUUUAGUGAAGGAGGCUUCAGAGAAAUGGGUUCAUUAAUAAUUAAUCAUGCACACUGGAGCAGACUUACUUCUGAAAAUUUACAGUUCUUUGAUUACCUUGGCAAUGUCCAAACUAAUGCUGGAAUAGGAAAAACAGUCUAUUAAUUACAAUUUACAUGUUCACCUUUCACUUGUUUCAUACAUGAAUAGACUGACACAUAAACUUGCUGCUUCACAAUUAAAACCAUUUCUAAUUUUGUUGUUAUUUAUAAAUUUGCAACAUCUCUCAUUUUCUCAUGCUUUAAAUUAGUCUUCUUAAGGAAAGGACAUGCUCUUAUCAGUUCCCUUUCUAUUCAUUGCUACCUGAAAUCAAAACAAUUCCUAUUAUAAUAAUUUGAGAGGCCAUUGUUUAGCUCUUCAUUUUCUCAGCCCUCUGAGAGACUUCUUAACAGCUUGGAAAUUGCAGCACAGGUCUUAUUGUUGAUGGUUUGCAUGGUACUGUCAGACUGUCUAAUGGGCAGGUCCAAGAAUGGCAACCUUUUUCAGUGUUGCAAUAAAUUUACAAUAUGAGUCUGCAGUAAAAUGCUUUUUUAUGCAGUCUUGACGUUGUUCUUUGUACAAAAUGACCUGCACCUCAUCGCUGCAUGUUUUAUGUUCUCAAACAUUCCAUCAGGGAGGCGGAGGGAAGGGCAGGGGGAACUGCUUGAAAUGCAUGAUUUAUUAGUUUCCUCCCACCUUUAUCGAUACAUUAAAGUGCCAAUGAGUUAUCCAAUCUAUUUUUCUAUCGAUUCAUUCAUCCUUGAAAAGCAAAUAGCAUUUAAUCAUUCUGUUGUGCACGGUACUGUGCAUGGAUUUAAGUAAAGCUGCUGCCAUUUGGUUACUUAGUAUGAGUAUUCAGCAUCUCUUUUGUAUAUAAUAGAUACUGAACAAAAAGGCAGUAUAGUGCUGGUGAGGAUUAUGUAUAUGAAAUGCGCUCUCAAUGUUCUGUAAACAUUAAGAGGCAAAGACCAACAUUAAGUUUAGCAUCAGGUAGAAAAAUGAGAUGACAAUUAUUCCUUAAAAUUAAGACAUAAUUCUCCAUUGCUGGGUCCAACGACGUUAACAAUUACAGCAGGAUUUGAACGUUACUUGUUCUUGUAUAUUACAUGCACUCUCUCCUGCACACACAAGAUUCUGAUGCAGUAGUUACUGCAGAUUUCUGUAAUUACAAGGUAAAAAGUAUUUGCAUAAAUAAAGACCUUGCUGGCAUAAUGUGCACAUUGGCUUUCUGAAAUUAUGGUUACAGGUAAUAAAUAUUUGCUCAUUUUGACAUAGAAUUUUCUACUGUUGCUAUUCAACCUUUUAUGUCAAAACGUGUUUAAUGAUAUCAUUAUAUAA